AUGUCCCAGCUCAGUUCCAGUCCAGCCAUCGCAGAAGGUUUCGAGAUCGAAGGCAAAAUAGCUAUGAUGGUAGAUGAUGAUGGAGUCUAUCGUGUCAAAUUGGGUCCAUGGAACAGAGCUACCGGUGGAACAGUUUGGUUGUUCAGUCAAUGGGCAAAUGACGUAAUGAGGGAAUUGAUUUGGAUCAUUUGA